AAAUAUAGUAAAAAGAACUUCCUAAAGUAUUGGGUUUUCAGUUUCUACAGUAUUUCUGGUAUAUCCAACAUUUUAAUUAAUCUGCAGUUAUCAUGGCAUUUGACAGACCAGUUAACUUAUCUCUUAAUUUUGAGAAACAUCAGUUAACUGUACUCAGAAUAUUACAGUUAUAGUUGUCUUCAUUCCCCAGAGUUUGGGAAUACUGUAUUAAAUUAGUGGUCACAUCUAAAUGAUAUGAAUCUAGGUUUUGUAUUCAAAUAUCUAACCUCCCCUUUUCCCAGAAUUUCUGCAACCCAUUUUGAUACCUUAAAACUCAUAUAAUUUAAUGAAUUUGUUUCACAAUAGCUGUGCUAGUAGAGGCAUUGUUUGGAAGUCAAGGAAAAGGAGGAAAUGCAGGAAAUGAAGAAUGUAUGCAUUCAUUUUUAACUAUUAGAAACAUACUAGCUUUAAUAUUUUCUGUUACAAUGAGUGAAUUACAACUCCUGUUUUUGCUGCUGCCCUGAGUUACUUGUUCCACAGGUUACUUUAUGGCUUAAGGGGAGAAAACAGUAUUGGAAAAAGAGAAGCCUCAGUUUUGAAAACUUUUCUAUUGCUUGGGUGUGGGCCAGGUCACAUGGAUUGGGUGUGGGAAGUUUCAGUGUUACAGAGCAGACCAGGAAGCUCACUGAAAAUUAUCCCGGAGCUGUGUCAACAAACUUUGAAAAGAGAACACAGAAUUUUUAUUCAAAAUGGAUUGGUUAAACAUCUUUAAAGAUUUUUUCAGUAUUGGAAAAGUGAAAAGAAAACCCAGUGUUCCAGAUACUGCAUCUCCUGCUGAUGAUAGCUUUGCUGAUCCAGGAGAACGUCUCUAUGACCUUAACAUGCCCGCUUUUGUGAAGUUUAACUACAUGGCUGAGAGAGAGGAUGAGUUAUCGUUGAUAAAAGGGACCAAGGUGGUCGUCAUGGAGAAAUGCAGUGAUGGAUGGUGGCGUGGCAGCUACAACGGACAAAUUGGAUGGUUUCCUUCAAACUAUGUAACUGAAGAAGGUGACAGUCCUUUGGGUGAUCAUGUAGGUUCUCUGUCAGAGAAAUUAGCGGCAGUUGUCAAUAACCUAAAUACGGGUCAAGUAUUGCAUGUUGUACAGGCUCUUUACCCGUUUAGCUCAUCCAAUGAUGAAGAACUCAAUUUUGAGAAAGGCGAUGUAAUGGAUGUUAUUGAAAAGCCGGAAAAUGACCCAGAGUGGUGGAAAUGCAGGAAAAUCAAUGGCAUGGUUGGCCUGGUGCCAAAAAACUACGUUACCAUUAUGCAAAACAAUCCAUUAACCUCAGGUUUGGAACCGUCGCCUCCACAAUGUGAUUACAUUAGGCCUUCACUCACUGGGAAGUUUGCUGGCAAUCCUUGGUAUUAUGGCAAAGUCACCAGGCACCAGGCAGAAAUGGCAUUAAAUGAAAGAGGGCAUGAAGGAGACUUCCUCAUUCGUGACAGUGAAUCUUCGCCAAAUGAUUUCUCAGUAUCACUAAAAGCACAAGGGAAAAACAAGCAUUUUAAAGUCCAACUGAAAGAGACUGUUUACUGCAUUGGGCAGCGGAAAUUCAGCACCAUGGAGGAACUUGUAGAACAUUACAAAAAGGCACCGAUCUUUACAAGUGAGCAAGGAGAAAAAUUAUAUCUCGUCAAGCAUUUGUCUUGAUAGUGCUCGUCAGCAGUGACUGUUCCACAGCUUUAACUGGUCAUGUAGCUGGAGACUGAGAAAGUGCUGGGCCAAUUGCACUUGCUUGGAAAGUGCUGUUUCUAACUAUAUGAGAAUUGACCAUAAUCCAUGAGUACUUUCGUGAUAACUCAGCCCAUACGUAUAUACUACAUAUGCAGUGCAUCUCUAUAGAAGAGUGCUUUAUUCUUGGUCUUCUGUCUUACUGUUUUCUUUGCUGUUUUUCUCUUUCCUUCCAACAAUGAAGGUUUUGUAUUCUGAAACGAAUAAUUUGGUUCAAAAUCUUUAUAUGGAAGAAUUCUUUUAUUGCUGUUUCUUUAUUUCCUUGUAAAGAUAUCCUGUUCUCCCAUAGUUCCUCUUCACAUAAAAUUAUAUCUAUAUGGCAUAUGAUAAAGGACAUUCUUGUAAAGUGUUAAUCUUUUCUGUGACUAAAUAGCAAUAAUAAACAGAAAAUAAGAAAUUAUUUUCAGAUAUUGUAUCUGUCACAAGCCAUUGUAAAUAUCAAGUAUGUUGUUUGUGCCUUAAUUUUUAACAUUCCAUUCAUUGUAUCCAAAAGAGACCAGAUAAUAAGUUAGAAAACAUAAUUUAUAGCUAUUUAAACAAAAAUACAAGAAUUUAGGGAGUGUCCCCCACACCUCGAGUAUCCCCUUUUACAUGGUUAUUCACGAGAGCAGUUUGGGCAGUUGACUCUUGAAAUGAAUGUUCCUUAGGUUCUUUGAUCAAAGUAUGUUCUAUAGAUUGUGCCAUAUUUAUGCCACUGUGAAAUAAGCCAUGGUCAAGUUUGGGGAAUACAGUAGACAAUAAGAUAUGUAAUUUUUUUUUUCUUUCUAAACAUCACUAAUUCCUCAUGUCAGUAAUUUAAAGUUUUCAACUUUUCACCAUCCUGAUCCAGUAUCUGAUCAUAUUUACGGGGAAAAAAAAACCAACAACAUUUUUUGACACUAUUGAAUAUUAAACCCAAGGAUACACAUGAAAAGCAGGUGUUCUAAACUGAGUGGGUCCCCUAGCCCCUCCUUACUUAUCUUCUAGUUUCUUUAACUGGGACACACACUGAAGUGAUGUGCUAUGGUUAGGUAAACAGUAUUAUCUAAAAUUUUUUGUUUGUCAUCUAAUACUUUGUGUGUGUGAAUGAGAAACUAAAAUAUUGAGUCUGCUGUUGGUCACACUUCUCUUCCUUCUGAAAUUGUUCAUGUAAAUAGAGUAACGAGAGCCCCUGAUGGCACAGAAGCACAGGGACAGACGUUGCCGUUCUCUGCUGGUUUAAACACUUACUGUACCGAAUUUACAGCUGGUAAAAAUAACAGUUGUGUAGUUUCACCUUUUCCUUCAUUGUAGUAGCUUAAAUUUUUUAAUUUAAAUCUUUAAAUCAUUGGAGGCUGAUGUUGCCACUGGGUGGCAGCCCUGGCCUCUCCCACUAAGAAGUCCACAGAUAUAAUUAAAGCACUGAUGUAUAAUUUCAAUCUUUAUAACACCUGCUUUGAAAGCUUUUUAAGUUACGUUUGUCUUUACUCUUUUUUGUUGUUGGUUUUUUGUUUAGGGUAAAUGGUACUAGAUUGGUUUAAUAUAAGAUUAUAUGAUACCUUUGGAGGUGUCAAAUAGUAUGACUGGUUUCAGGAUGAGUAAGUAGGUAGUAGUAAGCACUCUUAGUGUUUGACGACACUUUAUUUUUUGCUUUCUCUUUGUAUGUCCCCCUCCACUGAACAAAAUGGACCUUUAUAAAAAGAAGCAGAUAACUUUAUCAUGGACAUAGCUGUUACUGGAAGCCUGCAGCACAGGUGAUACUUUGGGAAGGCAGCACUGGAGCAGUGCUGAGGUGGAAUGCAUCCGGUUGUAGCUAGAGUUUGUAGAAAGCGGGGGUGCUUCAGUGAUGGCUGCACUCUUAACUGUAGAAUGAAGCCCAACUAUAUACUGUUAUUUUGUACCUCAAACAUUUGAUUGAUUUUUAAAAAUGUUUUCAACUUUCUCUUCAACCAAAGUCUGUUCAUAACGCAUGAGUUUUCCUUGGAGCAAUUUUCUUAGGAAUUAGAACAACCUUGGAAAAUGUGUAUAUAGCUAGGUAGAAAGACUUAUAAACAUCCAAAACUUAGUGCUGUGUGUAUCUUGACACACAACGUUCUGUGUGCUAGUUUUAGACUAAGAAGUGGGUCCUGGGAAAUUGCUAUUACAAAAGUUUUCAUCUGUAUAUGAAGACAUGGUUAGUUCUCAAAUUUUGAUAUACAUCGUACCUGUAGUCCUGCCUGGCUUGUGUCUACAAAAACUUCUCUAAAAUCUUGGAAGAGGUUUUGUUCUUAAACAGCUUUAUGUAUGUGUGCAAGCUUCAUGACAAACCAAACCAAAACAACAACAAAAACCAAAAACCCUAUAAAUGUUAUGUCUCUUAUUUGGUCAUAAAUCUUGUGUGAGUUGUAUAUUUUCAUAAUGUGUAUUGCAUACAAUCACUGUGUUAACACAUACACCUAAGACUAUUAAAGCUGACAUCAUUGAGCAAAAUACAAAAUACCCAGCCCAGAAUUAUAAGUGUAUAGUUUUGGCUGCCCAUGAGGCUGAGGCAGGAGGACUAUGAGGCAUGCCCAGGUAAUUUAUCAAGACACCAUCUGAAAAGAGUUGGGAUUGUGGUUCUGUAGCAGAGCUAGAAGCCUGGAUGCUAUCCCAAGCACCUCCAAACAACAAAGGAAGCCGAGCCUAUUGCCAGAGUACGGAAACCUAGCGAUGAGCAACUUAGGUUCUUAGAACAUUGCAUGCAAAUCAUGUCAUUUUAGUGUUCUGCCAUUGCAGUCUAGGGUUGCAAAUAUAUGGUCCAUGAGGCGACUGAGAAUUAGGAAAAGGCAUUUUCUCCUCAUACACCCCCAUCCCUUGUCAAAAAGUGUAGACUUUUACCCACUAAUGGUGUGGCCAAAUAUAGAAGUAUUGUUCAACUUACGUAGUAGUCAACUUGACAGCACUUAAAACAGAUUUCAGAUAACAUUGUAAUUUAUGGUUUAAAAAUAAGCUAACAAUGUGAGUUGAAUUCCCUAGGUAGUAAUCAGCUUGGAACCUAAUGUGGAUGGUAUCAUAGUACACAUGUGAAAGACAUUCAAGCAGAAUAAUAAAAGCCUUCCCCGACUCUCAACCCAUAAUUAUAGCCAUAUUGAUUUAUUGUUUCUUCCUAUGUUUCCUAUUGCAUGUAGAAUUUUUGACCUUGAAUAUGAAAUUGCCAUUUUUCAGAAACAGUUCCUAUGUCCAAAUCAAUGAAUUUGGAGUGUAGCAUUACAGCUUUUGCUUUUCCAUUUUAAUACUUUUAUUACAAGACAAGAAGUCUUUGUAUAGUUUUCUUAACUGUUUUCUAGUUUUUUACAACUGUGGUCACUCCCUUGAAUUUUGUUCACUAUAAAACUAUUAUUUUCUGAAUCACAUCACAGAGGCUUGAAAAACAGACUCCUGAUUCUGCUAGUUCUGUUAGUGUAGUGUUCAGCAAAUCUAUAUUUUAAACACUGCAGGCAGCAAAACAAGCCUAGUCCACCCCCUCAUUUCUUGCUGCUACAUGUGUAUUUCAAGUUUACUUAUAGGAGUCUCUGGACCUAAAAGUGUAUGUUGUUUGCCUAGACUUGUUGGAUGAAAUAGGAAGUUAACUGCUUGCUGAGGUUUGGUCUGCUAUCAUUGGGUAUAUACACAGAUGAGUUUUAAACCAAAAUCUGAUUUUUUUUUUCUGGCCAGGAAACUAAUUUCUAUCAAUUUCACAACUGGCUUGAUGCCUCCAGUAGCCUACCAGGGACAGGCUGGCUGACAUAUUUAUCCUUGUCGUGCUGGACAGUAGAACAGGUGCCUCAUGCAUGCUAGGAAUGUGCUCAACCAACUCUGACUUUAAGUGAUUGAGUGCAUGACUUCGCAGCACAGCAGAAGCUGGUCUCACUGUUACAAAGGUUUCCCCUCUACCGUACCUCAUUGACAAACAGCAAAACAAAGUACUUUGAAGUGAUAAUCAUGUUCGAAGAAAAGAUUGUUUUAAACUGACUGUUGGGCUUAGAUAGAUCUUUAUGAACUGGCAGGUAGGUAUCUAUCACUGGGAAAUUGUCGAGACAAAAAGAUGGAUUCCAGAAAGAGAGUAAGUCUUGUCUAAAUAUAGGCUAAAUAGGGAAUAGCUGGGGUAAUUUUGAACACCUAGAGAGGAAAUAUAGUAACUCCUGAGUUAAGCAUGGCUUCUCUAGAGCAGUGUCGUCAAAUGUAACGUGUGUUCUAGCUGUAGAUAGAGGGGUAUUAUACAGAACAAAUACUGAUUUCAUCGCUUGGUUUUAAGGUUGAAUUAUUGCUGUAGUUUGAUCUUGCAUGUCCCUCAAAGUCCUGUGUUAAGCCUUGGUUCCCAUCUGUAGCACUUUCAGAAGGUGGUGGAACCCUAAGGAGAUGGGCCUCCCUCUCUCUUCCUCCCAUUCCUCAUCUUGCCCUAAAAUAAUUCUACCUUUUUAAAGUUGAUUCUUUGGUUGCUCAGGCAUGAGGGUGUACUCACCCAGCAAUACAAUAAAAGCAAAAACAGGGCUGGAGAGAAGCCUCAGCAAUUAAGA